AUGAGGGGUGGGGGACCCCUUGACGUCACUGGAAGGAGGUGCCGGGGUAGGAAGUGGCCGGAGAAAGGUUAUAAAUCGCCCCGGCCCGCGGCUAGCCGGCAGCGAGGUCCGUCGGCGGGGAGGACCGGGGCGCGCCGGGCUGAGCCUCCAGGAGCGGCGACUCGGAGCGGGCUCCGGGACGGGCGCGGGGCUGCGAGGAUUACGCCGGGACGUGGCGGGCUCCGGCCGGAGCGGAGGACGCGGCGCGAGAGGAGCGGCUGGGGCGGCGGGGUCGGCGGCCACCGGGGAGCAGGCCGCGUCGCGCUCACCAUGCGCAGCUGCGGGGACGCCGGGGCGCUGCUGUGCGCGCUGCUCGCCUUUCUGCGGCUCCCAGGAUCUAGUUCAGGCUCAAAAUUGAAAGGUCCUGAACUGAGUUUUAGAAGCAGCCAGCACGUUCUCCAAGCAGGCCAGACCCUGUAUCUCAAAUGCAGGGGGGAUGCAGCCCAUUCCUGGUCUCUGCCUGAAACAGUGAACAGGGAGAGCAAGAGGCUGAGCAUACGCGACUCUAUCUGUGGAAGGAACAGCAAACAGUUCUGCAGUACUCUGACCUUGAACAUGGCUCAGGCAAACCACACUGGCUUCUAUAGCUGCAAAUAUCUAUCUAUUCCUGCUUCAAGGAAGAAGAGAAUUGAAUCUUCAAUCUAUAUAUUUAUUAAUGAUACAGGUAGACCUUUCAUAGAAAUGCACAGUGACCUCCCUGAGAUUCUGUAUAUGACCGAAGGAAAGGAGCUCAUCAUACCCUGCCGGGUCUCAUCACCCAACAUUACUGUUACUCUGAAAAAGUUUCCUAUGGAGACUCUUAUCCCUGAUGGGAAAAGGAUAACCUGGGACAGUAGGAGAGGUUUUAUAAUAUCUACUGCCACUUACAAAGAAAUUGGGCUUCUGACCUGUGAAACUACUAUCAAUGGACACUUGUAUCGAACAAACUAUCUCACACAUCGACAAACCAACACCAUCUUAGAUGUCCACAUGAGCAGGCCAGGCCCAGUCAAAUUACUCAAAGGACACACUCUUACUCUCAACUGUACUGCGACCACUCCCUUGAACGCAAGAGUCCAGAUGACUUGGGAUUACCCUGGUGAUACCCAUCAGAGAGCCUCUAUAAGACACAGACUUGACAAAAGCAAUUCCAACUUAAAUGUCUUCUAUAGUGUACUUGUGAUUGACAAAGUGCAACACAAAGACAGAGGACUUUAUACUUGCCAUGUAAGGAAUGGCCCUUCUUUGAAAUCUGCCAACAUCUCAGUGCAUGUCUAUGAUAAAGCAUUCAUCACUGUAAAGCAUCGAGAUCAACAGGUGCUUGAAACUGUGGCUGGCAGACGAUCUUACCGGAUCUUUAUGAAAGUGAAGGCAUUCCCCUCGCCAGAAGUUGUAUGGCUAAAAGAUGGGUUACCUACAACUGAGAGAUCUGCUCGCUACUUGGUCCGUGGCUACUCAUUAAUUAUCAGAGAUGUAACUGCAGAAGAUUCUGGGGAUUAUACAAUAUUGCUGAGAAUAAAGCAGUUCAAUGUUUUUAAAAACCUCACCGCCACUCUCAUUGUCAAUGUGAAACCCCAGAUUUAUGAAAAGUCUGUGUCAUCGUUCCCAGACCUAGCACUCUAUCCACUGGGCAGCAGACAGAUCCUCACCUGUACUAUUUAUGGUAUCCCUCAGCCUACCAUCAAGUGGUCCUGGCAUCCCUGUAACCAAAAUCAUUCCAAAGCAAGGUCUGAUUCUUGUUCCAGGAGUGAAGAGUCCUUUAUCCUGGACCCUAAUAACAUCGUAGGAAACAGAAUUGAGAGUAUCACUCAGCGUAUCGCAAUCAUAGAAGGAAAGAACAAGACGGCUAGCUCCUUGAUUGUGGCUGACUCUAAAAUUUCUGGAAUCUACAGUUGCAUGGCUUCCAAUAAAGUAGGGACUGUGGAACGAACCAUAAGAUUUUAUGUCACAGAUGUGCCAAAUGGAUUUCAUGUCAACCUGGAAAAAAUGCCCACAGAAGGAGGAGACCUGAAACUGUCUUGCACAGUUAAUAAGUUCUUAUACAGAGACAUUACUUGGAUUUUGCUGCGAACAAUCAAUAACCGAACAAUGCAUCACAGUAUUAGCAAGCAAAAAAUGGCUGUCACAAACGAGUACUCCGUUACUCUCAAACUUGUCAUCACGAAUGUGUCCCUGGAAGAUUCAGGCACCUAUGCCUGCAGAGCCAGAAACAUAUUCACAGGGGAAGAAACCCUGCAGAAGCAAGAAGUGACAAUUAGAGAUCAGGAAGCUCCCUACCUCCUGCGAAACCUGAGCGAUCACUCCGUGUCUGUCAGCAGCUCCACCACCUUACACUGUCAGGCUAAUGGGGUACCCGAGCCUCAGAUAACCUGGUUCAAAAACAACCACCAAAUACAGCAAGAGCCUGGAAUUAUUUUAGGACCAGGAAGCAGCACGCUGUUUAUUGAAAGAGUCACAGAAGAGGAUGAAGGUGUCUAUCACUGCAAAGCCACCAACCAGAAGGGCUCUGUGGAGAGUUCGGCAUACCUCACGGUUCAAGGGACAUCGGACAAGUCUAACCUGGAGCUGAUCACGCUGACAUGUACCUGUGUGGCCGCCACUCUCUUCUGGCUCCUGUUAACUCUCUUCAUCCGAAAACUAAAAAGGUCUUCUUCAGAAAUAAAGACUGACUACCUCUCCAUUAUAAUGGACCCAGACGAAGUUCCCUUGGAUGAACAGUGCCAGCGGCUCCCUUAUGAUGCCAGCAAGUGGGAGUUUGCCCGGGAAAGGCUCAAACUGGGCAAAUCUCUCGGAAGAGGCGCUUUUGGAAAAGUGGUCCAAGCAUCUGCAUUUGGCAUUAAGAAAUCACCCACCUGCAGGACGGUGGCUGUAAAAAUGCUGAAAGAGGGGGCCACGGCCAGCGAACACAAAGCUCUGAUGACUGAGCUCAAGAUCCUGACCCACAUCGGCCAUCACCUCAAUGUGGUCAAUCUUCUGGGAGCCUGCACCAAGCAAGGAGGGCCCCUGAUGGUGAUCGUUGAAUACUGCAAAUACGGAAAUUUAUCCAACUACCUCAAGAGCAAACGAGACUUGUUCUUUCUCAAUAAGGAUGCGGCGUUACACCUAGAGCCCAAGAAGGAGAAGAUGGAGCCAGAUGGGGAGCAAGUGCAGAAACAAAGACUAGAGAGCGUCACCAGCAGCGAGAGCUUCGCAAGCUCUGGCUUCCAGGAAGAGAAAAGUCUGAGCGAUGUGGAGGAAGAGGAGGACCCCGAUGAUUUCUACAAGCAGCCCAUCACGAUGGAAGAUCUGAUUUCCUACAGUUUCCAAGUGGCCAGAGGCAUGGAGUUUCUGUCUUCCAGAAAGUGCAUUCAUCGUGACUUGGCCGCGCGGAAUAUUCUUUUAUCCGAGAACAAUGUAGUGAAGAUUUGCGACUUUGGCCUGGCCCGGGAUAUUUACAAGAACCCUGACUAUGUGAGAAAAGGAGAUACUCGGCUUCCCCUGAAGUGGAUGGCUCCUGAGUCCAUCUUUGACAAGAUCUAUAGCACCAAGAGCGAUGUGUGGUCCUACGGGGUUCUCCUUUGGGAGAUCUUCUCCUUGGGAGGGUCCCCAUACCCAGGUGUGCAGAUGGACGAGGAUUUCUGCAGCCGCCUCAAGGACGGCAUGAGGAUGCGGGCCCCCGAGUAUGCCACUCCGGAAAUCUACCAGAUUAUGCUGGACUGCUGGCACAAGGAUCCAAAGGAAAGGCCAAGGUUUGCAGAACUUGUGGAAAAACUGGGUGAUUUACUUCAAGCAAAUGUACAACAGGAUGGUAAAGAUUAUAUUCCGCUAAAUGCCAUACUGACCAGAAAUAGUGGGUUUACUUACUCAACUCCUGCCUUCUCUGAGGACUUCUUCAAGGAAGAUACUUCAACUCCAAAGUUUAAUCCAGAAAGUUCUGAUGAUGUUAGAUAUGUAAAUGCUUUCAACUUCAUGAGUGUGGAAAGAAUCAAAACCCUUGAGGAACUCUCACCGAAGGUCACCUCCAUGCUUGAUGAUUACCGGAUGGACCAUGGCACCCUGCUUGCCUCGCCCUUGCUGAAGCGCUUCACCUGGACUGAGAGCAAACCCAAGUCCUCGCUCAAAUUUGAUUUGAGAGUGACCAGCAAGAGCAAGGAGUCUGGACUUUCUGACCUCACCAGGCCUCUUCCCUGCCACGCCAGCUGUGGGCACAUCCAGAGCAAUCGCAGAUUCACCUAUGACAACUCCGAGCUGGAGAAGAUCCCAUGCUGUUCCCCUCCUCCCGACUACAACUCGGUGGUCUUAUAUUCCACCCCACCUGUCUAGAGUGUGACACACAGCCUUAUUUCUAGAACCACGUGUGUAGCUAUACCCCAGAAAACUAGCUUCCGCCAGUAUUAUACAUAUAUCAAAUUCACACCUUUCCCUAUCCACAGCAGUAUUUCCCCCUUUUGACUAACAAGAAUGUAACCCCAGAUAAAUCAUGACAAGUGAGGAAUACUACUGCCAAACCCUUCCGUGACUGUGCUCGAGAAAGCCUUUCGGAGGACUGCCCUGCUCCUACUCUAGAGCGCUCGGGCAGCGGGGCUGUGGGGGAAUUAGGAGGUGUCUCAGGUCAUGUCAUGCAGUGUGGACCCCACAGUAGCUGGCCCACAGUGUGGACCCCACAGUAGCUGGCCACUGCCAAAUCUGCUGUCUCUAGUGGACGCUGGCAUCACAGGAAAGGAAAAGGAGCAGGGGAGAAAGACGAGGGAAACAGCUAGGGCACGAGGAAAAAUGUGAGCCAGACAUAAGCAUGGGGAGUGGGAGAGGGAUGUGAUGGCAGAAAUGCUUCUUUGGGGGCUGCCACAAUCCAGCCUCCAUCUGAGAACUCAGAGGUGGAGCAGACAGGAAAGAAGGACAAGGGGACAUUUUAAGGCUCACUGAGAUGCCAGAAAAGAACACAUUUUAAAACCUUGUCCACAGGGCUAGGUCUGUCCCCAUUGCUACACUUGGCACAUUUUUGUUGUUUCGUCUGCAUUCUAGCUCUGGGGCGAUGCUUGAGUCUCAGGCUGGAUCUUCUAGCAAAAAACACUGGAAUCUUACCUUGAGCUAAGUCGGCGCCACGUGGUGGCCAUACACUGGGCAUACUGUGCAUUGUGAGAUGACUGGAAUGAGUUGUGUCUGUUAGGGAUAUCUGUGGGGCUUAAGUCCACUCUCAGACACAAUGCCGGAAUUUGAUUAUUCAUGUAAAGAUGCCUAACUCAAUUUCUUAUAUUAGCCUGUAUCAUAGUUAUAAAAGGAAGCUGAAAAUAAAAAUGUUGUCAUGCAAAAGGAUUUCAGUUAGACCAGGAAAGACAGAAUUUAGGAAUUUGAGACGAAAGAUAAGGAAGAGGAAAAUAUGACGUAAGAUUUAUUCUUAAGUGUCCACACCUACCAGACCAACUCUGAAACAUUCGGGGUUGAACAAGGCAUAGGAAGCCAAUCUGGUUUUCUUUCCAUGUAAUAAGAGUCUAAUCUCACUAGACUCCAGGAAGAAAAGGGAAGAACACCAACCAAUGUUUGAUUAAGCACUUUAUGCUCCUUUGAGAAAAAAUAAAGGUGGUAUGUAUGUGAUUUAUGUCCUAAUUGGGACUCAGGAUAUGAGUGUUGAGCCAACAUUCAGAGAAAAGCCUCUUUUCCUCUGAUUUGGACGGGGCAUUAUGUCUGAAGAUGAUGGAAACCGGAAGACAGGGUACGGAGUGCCUACUCUGGUGUAAAGAUCCAUGUGCCCUGGAUCCCAGCAGGCUCUUCGAUGCACUUAGAAUGUCUGUGUCUCUGAAGCCACUGACAGGCAAAGUGAGUUGCUGCUUCUGGUAGAGAAAGAUUAGGCUUCCCUUCAUCCGUGUGCUAGAACAAACUCUAGAGUCUGUGACAGAAUAGAAGAAUCUUGGGUUCCUUUCCAAAGUGUCUCACUUUGAAAUUUCUUUGUAUGAAGAGAUGGGAGAGUCAGAAAAUCCCAAAUGAGAUAGUGGGUAUUCCAGUAUGUGUGGGGGGUUUGGGGGGCACGGGGCGGAGUGAGGGGUUGGACCUGCUGCAGAGUUGUCAGGCCUCCCUGACCAAGCACCACCAAGUACCACCAACCAGGUCAGAGCUAGGAAAGAAAAGCUUUGUUUUUCACAUACGCAUACAAGCACACAUGACCCCUGGAAGUACAGAAUAGUCAGGUAAAGCAGACACAGACCAGAGGGGGACCUCCAUGCAUUCUCUUAUACCUUUCAAAUCAGACAAGGAGCAAGCCACCUUAUGAUAAAGGUGAUAAAGAAAAACCCUAACUGUAUGUAAAUGUCUGAUUUCAGUAAUCUUAAGAGACCUUAGGGAUACCAUUUUUCCAAAUUUUGUUUUGGGGCCAUACCCAGCUGGGUCUUGUGGGGGAAAGAUUCCCAAUCCUUCACUCUGUUAACUCCUAUCUGCCUCUUCUUACUUGCCUCCUCAGUUUCUUUCCUUCCCUCUUCUCAUUUCUAUAAUCUAGGGCCAAGGGUAAUCUCUGUAUCCCCCACUUUGAUACCCUGCCUUCCCUCGUUUGUACACCACAGGGAAGUGAGAUCAUCUAAUACUUGUCAUUCUGACUCACUUAACAAGAGAUCCUCAGACUUCCCUUAUCUGCAUCCUCUAGCAAGAUUUUUACAGUCCAGAAGUCUUGCUCUUAUUGUCUAGUUCUCCCUCUCAGAGAACUCAGCAAGCUACUGAGAGUAUCCUGCCUGCAUGGCAGAUCCUGGCAAGCUCCCUGUUUUGGCAUACUGUAUAUGCCAAAAACAGUAACAAUGAUGGGUCUCAUUCCCCUGACCCUGAAAGAGCCUCCAAUGCAGCACCAUUGGGAAGGACAAGUAAAGAGAGGCUGCUAAAAUCCCAGGGUUAGGACGAAUGGAGACGUUACUGGCACCCGCUCAAGCAAAUCAAUGAACAACGGGAUGACAGUGAUGAUAGUGACAGUGAUACAGUGACCCAGCUGUCUCAGGGGUUAUUCCAGGCUCUGCACUCAGGGAUCAUUCCUGGCAAUGCUCAGAGAACCAUAUGAGGUGUGGGGAUUUAAGCCAUGUUGGUCACAUGCAAGACAAAUGCCCUAUCCUCUGUACUAUUGCUCAGGCCCCAAAUGUAUUUUUUUUAAAAACCUAAGAUAAUCCAGCUUCUUCAAAGACUCAGGUUUUGUAGCCUCCAUGAGCCCAUCAGUCAAAAACUGGCUCUAUGUACUUUUAACACAGAAAGGAAAACAGAAGCAUGUAAUAGGGAGUAUCAGUGCUGGCCCAGUAAGACAGAUGAGUCAAACACUACCUGGCAUUAGAACCAUUCACCACUUAUACCAAAAAUGGUCAGAAUCAAUAAAGACCAAACACUUUCAGGAUUUGCAGAUAAUGUACAUGUAGCAGUGUGAGCAGAACAAGUCUGAAAGUCCGUGUCAGUCUGAAAAAUGAUGCUCAGGCUUUAAUGGCACUGUUAGGAACAAAUGUGUCCCAAUCCUAAAAAAUGUGACCAGGUCUGCUAGCUCUGCCUUAUUUCUCAGCCCAUGAGAAUGUCAAACAUCAAACAAUUGCCAGUGUCUUUCAACUGAUUAAAGAGCACAUCUGUCAGUGAUAGCAACUGUAUAUGUAUAUAUAUAUAUGUAUGUGUGUGUGUUGAGCUUAACUAUUUAAGGAAACUGGAAUUUUAAAGUUACUUUUAUACAAACCAAGAAUGUAUGCUGCCAAUAGAAGACAUAAAAUAUAAGACAUAAGUUGAUCUUACACCUCUAGUCACUAUGAAUGUAUUUUGUGUACUAUCUUCAUAUAAUAAAAUUAACUUUCAGAAA